GCGGAGUCUGCCCCGCCCACCCUCUUUCGCCUUUGCGGUUUGUUGUGGCGAGUGUUGAGGUGUUGGCGCGGAGCUUAUUGUCACCAUGCAGAUCUUCGUGAAGACCCUGACGGGCAAGACCAUCACUCUCGAGGUCGAGUCCUCCGACACUAUCGACAAUGUGAAGACGAAGAUUCAGGACAAGGAGGGCAUCCCUCCCGACCAGCAGAGGCUCAUCUUCGCCGGCAAGCAGCUGGAGGAUGGCCGCACUCUUGCCGACUACAACAUCCAGAAGGAGUCUACCUUGCACUUGGUGCUCCGUCUGCGGGGCGGUAUUAUCGAGCCAUCUUUAAUGGCACUGGCUCGCAAGUACAACCAGGAGAAGAUGAUCUGCCGGAAGUGCUACGCCCGUCUACACCCCCGGGCUGUGAAUUGUAGAAAGAAGAAGUGCGGGCACAGCAACCAGCUUCGCCCCAAGAAGAAGAUCAAGUAGAGAGGGAGCAACCGGUCUUUGUGCAUGUGGUGCAAAGCAAGUGGAAGGGGAAUGCUAGGGCUGCCUAUGUCUUAUUGAGAGCUAUAGGUCACCCGAACACCCGUACAGCUUGUUUCGUGGUACCGUAAUGCAUUUUAUUAUUGAACACAAUUUGCGGGGUCCAGUACCUGAGUUCUGAACACGUUGUCAAGUGGAUUAGAUCGUGAAUGAAUGGACUGAUCUGCAUGAGAUGGUCAUCUGGGCGGCAGUGGUGUACGAGUUCACGAUGCUCUACAACGCAGAAGCUCAUCUGGUGGAAGGAGCGUGGAUGGGUUGAAAUGGUUUUACGUCGUCGUGUGUGUGUGAUUUCGAAGUUGUAGUAAGGGAGCUAGUUGUUCUGAAGUCCGGAGAUGGAGCGAUGGAGCUUGCUUUUGAAACGGAGAAUGAACUCAUGGUAAACUGGAUUUGAUUUCAGAACA